UUACGCAAACGAGCGACGGUAACUCAACGAGUGACUCCUGAGACUUAAAGGGGUAUUUUUCUGCUCCAGAAUAAGAAAUUAGGGAAUUUUUUUUCCCUAGAAAAAUUUUGGAUUAACGUUGCACUUAGUUAACAAGCUUUCAAAAAUCGGAGUUCCCUUAGAAAAAUAAUUGAUUCUCGUUCGCUUAGGCCCCUCCAGCUAGUGGUCGAUUGUUUCGCGGUCGUUCUUCACUCUUUCUUUCUCUUUUCUUCUGAUCACUUAUUCCGUCGCACGGAAUAAUGUCGCUCGUUACUAUUAAGGGGGCCAUCCUCGGUGCGCGCUUUACAUUAUUCAUCGUUCGCUUCCACGCGGUGCGAGCAUCGAGCGAUCGCCCGUAAAUCGUCGGCUCACUUUUCAUUAAGAUGUCCGCGAGCGAGUGAAUGAGCUGCUGAAUGAAUUUCCAGAACCCAUUCCUCUUCCUGUCGGUUCUACCUCGUCCUUGAACGCUCGCGAUGCACACUGGGUCAAGAAUCGUUCGCAUUCGGCGGUCCGAUCGUAUCGUGGCGCAUGCAUGGACUUCCGAAAACGUUGGGGAACUAUACUUUUCGAUACGUUGUAAUUCACAUUAAUAUAGAAUGGGUUUAAGUCAUCAUUUUGCUGUCCUCGAAUUUGUUUAAAAAAUACAGAGCUCCAAAUGUUGGGAGUUCUCACAAGUUGUUACGGGAACUGCCUUUACAAAAGAAUUAUUAUCUCGAUAAUUAUUGAACCUACAAACUUCAACUUCGUUUUCUUCUAAUCCUAGAGAAAUACCUCUCAUUUUAAAACAAUUCUUCAUUGCACCACGACUGAACAAUGCCUCAAAAAUGAAAAAAAUCAAUCUGCUCGGAAAUCUCGUAUCUCCAUAAGAUUAGAAUCCCUCAGAAAUGAUCAAGAAUCGCCUCCGAAGCGUUUACGCAGCCGUUCCAAAGACGUUUUGGGUUAGUCAACAGCUACGCGGGACAACGCGGGUACUCAACCACCCGCGCCAACAUCUGCACAAAGAAAAAAAAAAGAAACAGAGAACGAAAGGAAGUCAAACAGAGCGAGAAUCAAAUUCCCCGUAACGAGGAACGUCUGUUUCCAAAGAAAAAAAAAAAGAAAAAAAAAGAGUGCAAACGAAACGCAACAGCCAGCGAAAGAGGAAGAGCGCCGAGAAGGGGUGGGGGGAGAAAUUGACGGUGACUUGAGUGUCAGAAGGCCGCAGGCUCGUGGUCCCUGACCGGUCGACGCAGCCUCCUCCCGGUUCCAGAGAAUCGGAGUCACGUUCAGUCAGUGGCCGACUCCCGACCGCGAAGGUGGUGCGCGUUUGUUUCUUCGGUUCCCAUAACCAGUCUCGAGAGGGGUUUUCCGGUUUCUCACACGUCAGGGGUCAUCCUCAGCGGGAAUGACGGCCGCCAGGAGCACGUGGUCGUCGGUGCUUCUUCUAUUUAUUAUUGGGCUGAGCGUGCGCGACGCCUUCGCAAAACACCAUCAUAUAAAAUUGAGGCACGAGAGACACCGCAGACAACAUGGAGAGAGCUAUCUGCCCAGCAGCUUCGUGCUCGACACCGAGGAGCCUGAACGUGGAACCUGGGGGCCAUGGUCGUCGCCCAGCUCGUGCUCCAGAUCCUGCGGAGGGGGUGUCGCCCAUCAGACCAGACAGUGUCUCGACAUAGACGACAAUGGCUACAACAGGUGUACCGGUGCAUCCAAGCGAUUCUUCUCCUGUAACAUCCAGGAGUGUCCCGAGGACGCGAAGGAUUUCAGGGCGGAGCAGUGCGCCGAAUUCAACAGAGUUCCGUUCGAGGAAGUUUAUUAUGAUUGGAUCCCUUACACUGGUGGACCGAACAAAUGUGAAUUGAACUGCAUGCCGCGCGGUGAGCGUUUCUUCUACAGGCACAGGCUGGCUGUGACCGACGGCACACCGUGCGAACCCGAGAAAAACGACGUUUGCGUCGAAGGGAAGUGUAUGCACGUUGGUUGCGACAUGAUGCUUGGAAGCGAUCUUCAGGAAGACGCUUGCAGAGAGUGCGGUGGCAACUCCAGCGAUUGCAACACCGUCUCCGGUUUGUUCGACAACGACGAUCUCCAGUCUGGUUACAUCGACAUCUUGCUGAUUCCCAAGGGAGCAACGAACAUACUGGUGAAGGAGAUUCAACCAUCAAACAAUUACUUAGCCGUUAGAAACACGUCUGGCCAUUACUACCUGAACGGGAACUGGAGGAUAGACUUUCCACGAAGCCUGAAAUUCGCUGGAACCAUAUUCCAUUAUUCCAGAGAUCCGCAAGGUUUCUCGGCACCCGAUACCAUUACCGCCUUAGGGCCAACGCACGAAGCGAUCUACGUGGUGCUACUCUAUCAGGGUCACAAUGUGGGUGUGCAGUACGAGUACAGUAUGCCAAAGAAAUUUUCGCAGCAAGCGGACGCGGACAGCUACACCUGGAUAACCGACGAAUUUUCAAGCUGCAGCUCGAGUUGCGGCGGAGGGUACAGAUCGAGACGAGUGGCCUGCGUGCGAAGGAAGGACAGCAAAUCAGUGGAUGAGAGCCUCUGCGAUCCGCAUUUGGAGCCAGCCGACACAGAAGGCUGUAAUAUGGACCCCUGUCCACCUGUGUGGGUGGAGGGCGAGUGGGGCCCUUGCAGCAAACAUUGCGGGGAGGGGGGCGAGCAGAGCAGAGAGAUCAAAUGCGAGCAGGUCAUCUCUAGUGGAAUUCCCUCGGUGGUCGACGAUAGUCAGUGUGUGGAGAAGGUGGGACCGAAAGGGCCCACUACCCAGGAGUGCAACAAGGACCUCCAGUGCCCCCAGUUUCACACGGGGCCUUGGAAACCGUGCGACCAUCUGUGCGGUCCUGGCAAGGAGACAAGAAAAGUGACGUGUUACAAGAAAGUGGACGGGAAGAUCGAAGUGCUGGAGGACGAAGCUUGCGAAGGAGAGGUUCCAGAGCGUGAGAAGCCUUGCGAACUGAGGCCUUGCGCCGGCCUCGACUGGGUCACGUCGGAUUGGAGUGGUUGCGACGACAAAUGUGGCCUCACUCAGGAGUCGAGGACUGCUCACUGCGCCACUCAAGAUGGCACCGUUUAUCCAGACGAGAAGUGCGAUUCGGAGAAGAAGCCUGAACUGACCAGGGAGUGCGAGGGCACGAAGGACUGCGAGUUCCUCUGGUUUGGGUCUCAAUGGAGCGAGUGUUCGGCCAAAUGUGGGUCCGGCGUGCAGACUCGCAAAGUGUUCUGCGGCACGUUCGAGGACGACACGGUGAAGAAACUGCCGGAUGAAAAAUGCGACGCUAGCAAGAAAUUCAACGACACGAAGAACUGCACCGCCGAAGUGGAGUGCAAAGGUGAAUGGUUCGCUGGACCAUGGAGCAAGUGUUCGAAACCGUGCGGCGGCGGCACCAUGAAACGCAAGGUGAUUUGCAUGAAGGACAACGUGACGGUGCCUCCGACCAACUGCGACCACAGCAUGAUCAUGUUUGCCUCCGAGGAUUGCAACCCAGAUUCGUGCGAGGAAGACCAGAUGAUUCCAGUCGAGCCUGAGAAGAUCAAGGACCUCGCCGAGGAGGACGACGAUGAAUGCGAGGUCUACGAAGACGAAGAUGAGGACGAGGACUUCGUAUCCGUCUCAUCCAGCCUCGCACCCGGCGAGGACAAAACGAGUAAAGCGAAUGACUUGACUGAAGCCACUCCCCUAAGUUCGCCAGAUUCUGAAAUAUCCACCGGAGGCAACAUGGACGACUUAAUGCUCGGCGAUGCAGGCUACACCAGGGGCGAUAUUCCGCCUGGAGAAACCGGAAGUGGCGAGGGAAGUGGCACUGAUUACACAGACUUCCUCACGGGUUUCACAUCUGAAUUCGAGUCCACGUUUGAAGGCAGUGGAACAGAAGAAACGACGGACGAUGACUUGACCACAAUGUCCGGAGUCACGGAAGCAACUGACACCUCGGAAUCAACUGACGAAUCGACGAGUGAAGGCAGCACGGUGUCAGGAGAAACGGAAGUGACAGAGUCUGGAGCUACAGAUGCAACAACAAGCGACGUGACUUCCGAGAGUGAGGCCAGUGGAGCCUCUGAGGAUUCCACGGAUGAAACUGGAACAACAGAGCCCACCGAAUCUGGCCAAACCACGUCCUCAUCCGAGACUGAGAGCACAUCAUCAGAUGAAUCGACCGUUGAGUCGUCCACCGAAGAGGAAGGAUCGACAGUGUCAGGAGAAACCACAGAAUCAGGUGCCACCGAAGAGACGACAGAGUCGGGACCCACUGAACCUACCGUGACGACUGAUGUCUCAGCUACCGAAGGAUCCACCGAGUCGGGACCCACGACCGAAUCUGGACCCACGACCGAGUCUGGACCCACGACCGAGUCUGGAGCAACGGAAGCCACCGAAAGCACGGAGUCUGGGGCCACAACCGAACCUACCGAGUCUGGUAUGACUGAGACUACUGAAUCUGGCCAGACCACAGAGUCUGGUGAGACCACUGAAUCUGGAAUGACAACCGAGUCCGGUGAGACUACCGAGUCUGGAAUGACCACAGAGUCUGGUGAAACUACUGAGUCUGGUCAGACUACUGAAUCUGGAAUGACAACUGAAUCUGGUGAGACGACUGAGUCUGGCAUGACCACCGAGUCUGGUAUGACAACUGAAUCUGGAGAGACUACUGAGUCUGGUAUGACAACUGAAUCUGGUCAGACUACCGAGUCUGGCAUGACUACCGAGUCUGGAGAGACCACGGAAUCUGGUGCGACGACUGAGUCUGGAGAAACUGACGUGACCGAGGUCACAGAGUCGACUGCCUCUGGAUUGACGCCUGCCACUGGAGAGGAGGAGUCUGAAAUGACUGAAAAAACUCACAUAUCCGAGUUCUGGACAACCAUCGGCCCAGAAACGAAGCGCAAGGGCCGCGUGUGCAAAGUACCCAAGAAGAAGGCCUGCAAGACCAAGCCUUUCGGUUGCUGCUACGACGGCGUCACCGCAGCCCAGGGUCCCUUCGGCCAGGGUUGUCCGACUCCUCAAACCUGUAACGAUACCAAGUAUGGCUGCUGCCCCGAUGGCGUGUCACCAGCCACUGGUCGAAACAACCAAGGAUGCCCCGAGUCGCAUUGCAGUGAAACCCUAUUCGGUUGUUGUCCUGAUGGAGUCACAGUCGCUGAGGGCAACGACAUGGAGGGAUGCAAGAAACCCUGCAACGAAACAGAAUUUGGAUGUUGCCCAGACAAGGAGACUGCAGCUAGUGGCAAGGACAACUUGGGCUGCUGCAACGUCACCGAACAUGGCUGCUGCCCAGAUGGAAUCAAAGCAGCGCCUGGACCAGAUGGAGAGGGUUGUGAGGAGGAAGCUACUUCUGUCACUCCUAUCACGGAUGAGUAUGAGACAACUACAAUCCAGGAGGAUUGCGCAAACACCACCUAUGGAUGCUGCCCAGAUGGGGUCGCUACCGCUACUGGAACGAACUUCGAAGGGUGUGGAGUUAUCAAUACAGAGAACUGUACUCUGUCCUACUUUGGAUGCUGUCCCGAUAGUGAUGCACCAGCUCUUGGUCCAAGCAACUAUGGCUGCCACAUGCCCUGCGAGAACAGCACUUAUGGUUGCUGCGAGGACGGCGUCACCCCCGCGCACGGUCAUAACAGAGAGGGUUGCUGCUUAUCGAGCCCGUACAAAUGCUGCCCAGACAACAUGCUACCCGCUCGAGGACCAAAUUUCUAUGGUUGCGGCUGCGAGUACACGAGAUUCGGUUGUUGUCCUGACAACUCCACCGCAGCACGUGGUCCUAAUAACGAGGGAUGCGGCUGCAAGUACACCCCUAACGGCUGCUGUCCCAAUCGCUUCACGCCAGCCAAUGGACCCAACUACGAAGGGUGUCCUUGCUACACUUAUCAGUUUGGAUGCUGUCCAGAUGGUGUCACCAUCGCCAAAGGACCCCAUGGACAAGGCUGUGGUUGCGAAAAUACAGAAUUCAAGUGCUGCUCCGAUGGAAGAACCCCAGCCAAGGGUCCGAACUUCGCUGGGUGCACUUGCGACGCCUCCAAAUUCGGAUGCUGUCCCGACGGAGUCGAGGAAGCGCAAGGGGAGAACUUCGAGGGAUGUCUCACGGUUCCAUCGACCCCUGGAGCUGCCUGUGCGCUGGAGAGGGACAGAGGCUCCUGCAGGGAUUUCACUGUCAAGUGGUACUUCGAUACAGAAUACGGUGGCUGCUCCCGAUUCUGGUACGGAGGCUGCGAGGGUAACGAUAAUCGAUUCAAGACCCAGGAAGAAUGCAAAGAGGUGUGCGUCCAGCCGAAGGGAAAAGAUGCUUGCAAUCUGCCAAAAAUAUCUGGUCCUUGCGAAGGCUACUUCCCCACGUGGUACUACGACACUGGCAGAAAGCAGUGUGGCCAAUUUGUCUACGGUGGUUGUCUCGGAAAUGCGAAUAAAUUCAAGACUAGAGAGGAGUGCGAAGAGCUUUGCGUUACUCGUAGCGAUCUGGAUCCUUGCGAGCAACCGAAAGAGCCUGGCCCCUGCGAAGGCAACUUCACCAGGUGGUUCUACAACGCCGACUCUCAAGGUUGCGAACAGUUCAAGUACGGUGGAUGCAAAGGCAACGACAACAACUUCGCCACUGAGAUUGCCUGCCAUCAACAGUGUCUACAACCAGGAGGCAGACGAGUAAAACUGCCAGAAGUGUGCUCCCUGAAGAAAGAUCAAGGGCCCUGUCCGGGUUCGGUGUUGCGCUGGUAUUAUGACGCCGAGCGUCAGACGUGUAGCCAAUUUGUUUACGGCGGUUGUAAAGGCAACGCCAAUAAAUUCCGUUCACGUGCUGCCUGCGAGCAGCGGUGCCCCGUAAAAGAUAGUUGCUUGCUGCCGCGAGCCGAGGGUAACUGUGGGGAGAAGAACUCUCGAUGGUACUUUGAUCAGUCGGAGAAUCGAUGCAUGCCAUUCUAUUAUACCGGUUGCGGUGGAAAUAAAAAUAAUUUCGAAUCUAGGGACGCAUGCGAGUCCGAUUGCCCGGCUAAAAUCGAGCAAGACGUUUGUCUCUUGCCCGCGCUUUUGGGAGAAUGCCACAACUAUACCCAACGAUGGUACUACGAUUCCUACGAACAGCACUGUAGACAGUUCUACUAUGGUGGCUGCGGUGGGAACGAGAAUAACUUCCAAACCGAGCACGAUUGCCUCAACAGGUGUCAGACAACCCUCACCACACCUGCUCCGCCAAGGGAGAUCGAAUUUAAACUUGACUACUGCUUCCUCCCUGACGAACAUGGACCAUGCAACGAAGAUCAGGUUAAAUGGUUCUAUCACAGUGGCGAGGGCAUUUGCAAACAGUUCAGGUUUGGAGGUUGCCACAGCAAUGGGAACAACUUCAACAGCAAGGACGAGUGCGAGUACCGUUGUGGAGAUGCUCGAGACCCCUGCACCCUACCCAAGGUCAUUGGUCCCUGCAGUGGCUUCGACAGACAAUACUAUUACGACUACCGCACAGAUACUUGUUACGAAUUCGAGUAUAGUGGCUGCCAGGGCAACAAAAACCGCUUCCAGGAUAAAGACUCCUGCGAGAGGAAGUGCAAGAAGAGGAUCGCCCCCACCGAACCCCCUCGAAACGUCAGCGAGGCUGUGCCCCCGCCUGUCGAGCCUGCCUCGAAGAAUCCUAUCUGUUACACACCUGUGGACCCCGGUACCUGCAAUGGCGACAUCACUGCUUAUUAUUACGAUUCUCAGAACCAACAGUGCCAAGCUUUCGUUUAUGGCGGCUGCGAGGGGAACGCCAACCGAUUCCAGACGGAGGAACAGUGCGAACGACUUUGUGGGAAGUUCCAUGGUCAAGAUUCUUGUAAUCUGUCAGUGGAUCCUGGCCCGUGCAGAGGAUAUUUCCAGAAAUUCUUCUACGACCCAGCCACUCGCACGUGUCGCGAGUUCGUAUAUGGCGGAUGCGAGGGCAACGCCAACAGGUUCAGCACGAUGGACGAGUGCGAAUCGAUUUGCAUACACCACGAGGAGCCUGUCCCAGCUGGAAACGAGACCAGUCUUUCAAAUCUGUCAAUCUGUAAAGAACCGGUGGACAUUGGGUCCUGCAGUUCCGAAAUUACGAUCAAACGAUUCUACUUCGACGAGGAGUAUCAAACAUGUCGAGCGUUCAUUUACACCGGAUGCGGUGGCAAUCGUAACAGAUUCAAGACCUUCGAAUCUUGCAUUCACAGUUGCCUUGGGACUACCAACGAGAUCGACGUAGACUCCGGAAAGGAUACAAAGGAUCCUUGCGCGGAAGCUCGCGAGGAAUGCAAUACCAUUCAUUGUCCUUACGGCAAGGAGGCCUUCGUGGAUUCUCAGGACUGCGAGCGAUGCCGCUGCGUGGAUCCCUGCAGAACACAGAUUUGUCCUGACGGCACCAGAUGCGCGAUCACCUUGGUCGCCACUAAGGAUGGCACCGAGUACAAGGGCGUCUGCAGAUCGACAACGAAACCAGGUCGCUGUCCAAGGGUGUCCAACAGCACCAGGUGCGAACAAGAGUGCGCCACUGACGCGGAUUGCUCGGGAGAGACGAAGUGUUGCGACAUUGGCUGUGGCACUUCCUGCCUCGAGCCAGCUGCUGAAGACGUUUCUCCGACCACGCUAAGGACAUGGGGCACCCCUCCCCCGGCUGGGGCUGAACCAGCCGCCAUUCAGCAACCCGAAGAGCCGCAAGUUAGCGCCCAAGAAGGUGGUUAUGUCACCAUGAAGUGCAUAGCAAUAGGGAAUCCCAGACCAACCAUCACUUGGAGAAAGGACACGACUUUGAUUGGCCCUGCAGAGAACAGACGUCGCAUAUUGCUCGACGGUUCCCUUCAAAUUAUCAGCCUGUACAGAUAUGACAGCGGAACUUAUGUCUGUACAGCUGAUAACGGCUUGGGACCACCAGUGAGAAUCGAGUACCAACUGUCAGUCACAGAACCGCAUGAACUGUCCGCUGCCAUAAUCGGGGAGACCAAUACGUACCUGACGGUGACUAUGAACUCGCCCAUAGCCAUCCAUUGCUACGCAAUGGGCUGGCCAAGGCCAUUCGUCACCUGGUGGCGAGGCGAUCGCAUGCUGCCGUUGGCCUCGGAAAUCUAUGAGCAGGACACCGAUUAUACUCUGGUGAUACGCAGGGUGACACUGCCUACUCUUGGGGUCUACACUUGCCAAGCCUUCAACGCCAUUGGCAAACCAGCGUCCUGGUCGGUGACCUUGCAAGCGAUAGGCCCUGUUCACAAUGUCAGACCUGAGCACGAACCAUUUACGAAAUAUCUGGUCCUACCUCCUAAAAGACCGACUGUAGAGAAACCUCAGUAUCCGUAUAGACCUAACAGAACGCAGACUUCAGAUAACCAAACCUAUGCUCCACUUUACACUUCCAGACAACCUCAUAUCCCUACUGUAUCCCCAAUUGCAACCACCACUCAGGAGCCUGGUGGCGCUAGGUUUAGAGUACCUGUCAGUGUCAACAUAUCGGUGGGACAGAAUCAGUUCCCAGAAGGAAGCGACGUCAGCAUUGCUUGCAACGUCGAUGGCUAUCCCACUCCUCGAGUAGCGUGGUACAAGGAUAACGAAUUGAUUCAUCCCAUCAAUCGAAUUCAGAUCACUGACGUGAACAGACUGGUGAUCAGCGACGCAAAUAAAGAGGAUUCUGGUCGAUAUCGCUGCGAAGCAAGCAACGAGUACUCCUCAGACGCUGCCAACGUGGAUAUACAAGUUGCCGGAAUCUUCAUCCACCCGAACUGCCAGGACAACUCGUUCUUCGCGAAGUGUGACCUGAUCGUGAAAGCCAGAUACUGCACGCACAAGUAUUACGCGAAGUUCUGUUGUAGAUCAUGUACAGAAGCUGGCCAGUUGCCCUCCAGGGGACCACACCUGAGCAAUUCCAAGAGGAGGCGAAGGCACAUCCUAAAGGCGCUCGUCUAAAACGCCAAAAAACGAUGCUUUGGUAUUUCAGGUGUGCCCUGAUACGCGUGUCGCGAUCAGCCAAUCACGAUCAGGGGGGGAGAGGGGUUAACAUCGUCUUAAUCGAGGGUGGACACGAACGAAAACGACGACGGGCGAGAGAUGACGUGGGCAUCGAGCCCAACAUCUCAAGCGCGCCGCAUAAUCGACGUUAAUUCACUGCCAAAGCCUUAGAACGUCUAUACAUAGGUAUCUUAAUAUAUUAAGCAACAGCGAGACGGAGGGACGCUGAGACCCGGGACGCGAGAUUUUAACGUCGCUGUCCCUUUCGAACGUCGUCAUCCAUGUAUAUACGAUCUGACGCUGAAUCCUAGUCGAUCGAAGCCAUAUUAGGCGGGUUAAUUACUGUUCUUCGGGUGACGGGAACCUCAAAAGGUACUCGGUAUAUUUUCUUUUGUCCUGUUAGGUCACUUCAGGAGGCUCUGCGUACUAUUAUUCGAAUGG